AUGCAGAGCAUCAAUCUGCCCACCUCUUGGCCGCUUCCACCCACCAGCGCAAUCGCAUCACAUCUGCGCCAAGAGCUUCACGGGCUCAAGCAUGAUGUUGCGCAGCUGACAGAAAAAACAGAAGCCGCGGCCGACAGGAUCGCGUUGGUUUUGAAGCGGCUCCGCUCACAAGAUGAGAUGGGGCGGAGCACUUCGGACGACGCCGUCUCCCACAAGUCUGACCUCAGCGAGACCAUCAGGAACCAUCCUUUUGCAGAGUUCAGUUUCCACGAUUUCGCCCUCAUGGACAUCGCGCAGGACGUGGAAGUCCGCAGCGAUCCCGAAGGCGAACACUGCCCACCGCCCACACUCGGAGAGAAUGUAGCAUACAAAAGGGGGAGCGCGCGUGUCGCCAAACCCAUAUUGCCUUCUUCUCCCGCACUGACCCAGCCCGGCUCCUCGUGUGAAUCGUCAAGCACGUUCCUAUCCGUGACUGCAUCGCUCAAGAAUGAAAUCGCCCGAACUCAUCAGUGCGAGGUCGUAGAGAGGAGAAUACGCAUCCUCGUAAAGCAAGUCAAGCAAACUACUUCAUAUCACGUUAGUUCGCUGAUUGCACGUCAGAUCAUUGCCUAUAUGCACUUUCUCAAUACUGACCGUGUCAGACGCUUCAUCAGAGAACAUCUAGAUACUAUCCCACCCACCUGUGUAGGAUGGUACAGCUUCGCUGGUGGUUGUGUGGAUGAAGCUUUAACUCGGUGCAGUCGUGUCCAGCAGGUCAACAAUCCAGUCUAUGAUGGUCUUGUGGCUCUGGUCUUCAUUCACUUUGGCAUCUUUGACGUCGACACCUCAAGCUCAACGUCACACGGUAGCAAAGACGAGGCCGGAGGUGUCAAGCUUCCUCCCUUUGCUAAGCUGCUGAACAAGACACGUACAACAAAGACCGCUCGACAAGGCAAGGGCUCGGGUCCGGCGGUCAGUCAUUACCUGAAGGACAUGGAGAGGACAACCCGUGGUGCUGCGCUAUCUGUCGAAACUCUUGUCGCUGUGACCGAGCUGUGCCUGCAAGGAGUCCUUAGCGAAACUGUCCUAUCCGAUAUCCUGGUUCUAUUUACUCUUGGCGACGUUGAGAACAACUUCACGGUUGUGCCAAGCGAUAUCGAGCUUCUUCGAGGUUUUCUUCACGAAGGGCUUCUGCCGAGAAAAGCUGUCAUUCGGGCAAAGUUCACGAGCACUCAUCUCAUUCUGGACUUAACGGCAAUUGUAGAGUCGAUGGAAAAGUUUGAAGAAGUGAGCAAGGCGGAGAUAUUGCGUUCGACUCGACGUUUCACGAAUCGUUCUAUGGAUUCGAUCGAAAGCGAGGGGCGCGAUUGGAUUAAUCUUGAUCGGAUGCCAUGCACUACAGGAACGAAGUGGUCGCAGCAGUCUCAAACGAAGGGAUUCCUAACUUCCGCACGCGUACUUCGGAGGCUUUGUCGUCGAGAUGGUUCUGCAACGAGAGACAAGAAACCUGCCAACAUGUUAGACCUUCUAAACGGUGACACUCCAACAUCAUAG